AUGGCAUCUCCACAAGAAUCAUGUACACCUUCUGCGUUAACUACAUCGGAAGUUGAACUUAUUGAUCGCGUUCAUUCUCAUUUUCAAAAUAAUGAACCAAAUAAAUUUCAUUUUUUCUAUCGGACAGCAUCACCUUUUAGUAACUUUCAUUUAUGUAAGUUCUCAGAAAAUGAUAUCGAAUUUGAUACAAGUGAAAAAUAUAUCAUGUAUCAUAAAGCAAAAUUAUUUAAUGAUAAUGAAACAGCUACAUCAAUUCUUCAAGUUCGACAUCCAGCUGAGUGUAAAGCUUUUGGAAGAAGUGUAAAAAAUUUUGAUGAAAAAUUAUGGGUGCAAAAUCGGGCACGUAUUUUUUCGGAUGGACUUUAUUUAAAAUUUACCCAAGAUGAUCGAAUGAAGCAAGCGCUAUUAAAACAUGAAGGAAGUUUAUUAGUCGAAGCAGCAAAAGAUGAUUGUAUAUGGGGUGUUGGUUUAGACGAGAAUAAUCCGUUGAUUAAAGACCGAUCCAAUUGGAAAGGACUUAAUCUGUUAGGUUAUGUAUUAACUGAUGUCUUAUAUCGUAUUCUUGAUGGAAAAUAA